AUGGGCUCUGGGAAUUCCUCGAACAUCACUGGAGGUGGGAAGUUGUCAAAAAGUGCCAAACGUCGUCUAAAAAUGCAACGUAAAACAGUGGAGGCUUCAAAAAUGGAGAAGAAUGGAGAGCGACAAGGAAACCAGAACAAUUGUAGGAGUGUGACCAUGGACCGUGGCCAAGGACUUUCAUCAAGCCGACACGAUCAGGAUUCCAUAAGAGAUCGAGAAUGGUCCGAACCAAGGGAUGGCUAUCAAGACCACUAUCCAACUGAGCCCGCAUUUCAUGGAGCUCCGUCAACUAGCAGAUCAGAACCAUAUGAGUUUGGCUAUAAUGGAAAUCAGGAGAAUUGGUGGAAUGACACAGAAUAUCGUCAAAACUUGGAAACAUUUGGUCCCGGAUUCUCACGAGAAGGAUAUCGGAACUCCAGAAAUUAUUGGGGAGAUAACUACUAUCAACAUCAAGACCAAUAUGACACGAGGCGCCCAGAGUCAAAUGAUUAUAAAUAUGUUUUUACAAAAGCUAGAAAAGAAAAGUUGAGAAGUCAAACGACUUCUGGAACGUUGACUCCAACUCCCACACAAACCAGCAGCAUCAAUGGCAAACUUGCUGGCAAGUUGUCUAAAUGUCGUCUAAAAAUGCAACGUAAAACAGUGGAGGCUUCAAAAAUGGAGAAGAAUGGAGAGCGACAAGGAAACCAGAACAAUUGUAGGAGUGUCGCCAUGGACCGUGGCCAAGGACCUUCAUCAAGCCGACACAAUCAGGAUUCCAUAAGAGAUCGAGAAUGGUCCGGACCAAGGGAUGGCUAUCAAGACCACUAUCCAACUGAGCCCGCAUUCCAUGGUGCUCCGUCGACUAGCAGAUCAGAACCAUAUUAUGAGUUUGGAUGUAAUGGAAAUCAAGAGAAUUGGUGGAAUGACUCAAGAUACCGUCAUGAGUCAGCACCUCCCAGAAACAACAAUGGGUACGAUCGAGGAGAUUGUCAGGAUUCCAGAAGAAGCGAAGGAGUGAGGAACAACUACCAGGAUCGUUCUUCUCAAGAACACGGGAGACCAUAUCAAUUCAGAAAUGGUUACAAUGGAAAUCAUGAGUACUCAAGAGAGGAAUCGAGAUAUUGCUACGAUCCAAGAGAACAAGACUCCAGAAAAAAUCAUUGGAAUGAAGAAUAUAACCAGGAGUACCAGCCCUCGAAUCGAGAUCAGCAUGCAACGUCAUCAGAAUUUGAUUCAAUUGUGAUUGGAUGCCGAUUUGAUGGACACCAGACCACCUCGAGAAGAUAUGAAUCGAGAGGGAGAGCAAAUGGAAACCAGCAGAACAUGAUGGAUGACUCAAGAGGUCAGCAAUAG